AAAAGCAAAGGUGGAAGCUGAUGUCAUCAGCUACAAUUCCACCAUCAGCGCUUGUGAUAAGGGUGGGCAGUGGCAGCUGGCGGUGCAUCUGUUCGACAGCAUGCGCAAAUCCAAGGUGGAAGCUGAUGCCAUCAGCUACAGUGCCGUGUUGGCGGCAGCAUGCCGCACGGAACAGGGUCAAGCCUAA